AUGUCAGCGGCAGCCAUUUUAGCCAAGGAGCUCAAGGAGCUUUCGAAAAACCCUACCUACCACAUCUCUCUCGAUAACGACAGUAUCUUUGACUGGACACUGGGGAUGUACAUCAUCAACCCAGAGUCUCCCUGGAACCAUUACUAUCUCUCUGCGAAGAUAAACUUCCCGCAAAACUAUCCCUUCUCUCCACCUUCGUUUAGGUUUUCUCCUCCUAUUUUCCAUCCCAAUGUUUACUCCGAUGGUCGGGUAUGUAUCUCGAUUUUACAUGAAGCCGGUACCCAGUAUCAAGACGAACCCUCAAAUGAAAACUGGUCGCCAGCCCAGUGUGUAGAGAGUGUCAUUAUGAGUAUCGUGUCCAUCUUGGACGAUCCAAACAUUCUUUCACCGGCCAACGUUGACGCCAGUAAAUUGUGGAGAGACCAUAGAGAAGAGUAUAAAGACAAGAUACGCAAAAAGGCAGAACAGUCACGAAUAAGCAUACCUGAGGACUUUGUCAUUCCUGACGACAAGGUGGCAAUCUCUGCUUCCCCAGUUUCUCAAGAGGAGGAGGACGACUGGUUCUUUGAAGACGAUUCCGACGACGACGAGGAUCAAAUGUCCUACGAGGAAGACGAGGCCGAAAUGAGUGAAGAUUACGACGACGUGGAGGAAGACGACAAAUAA